UUACUGACCGGUUCAAGCCAGAAUUAUUAUGGCUAGCUUAAUUAAUUGGCUUAGAGUGACAAGCGAGCAUCACCAUCUUCUGGGAUUUCCUUAAGUUGCUGGUUGGGACUAAUUAGACUAGAGGAUGUUUAUCCUAAUUGAUAAAGGCGUGUUUGGCUAUACGCGUGUCCCUGGAUCAUAUUGAUUACAGCCGCAUUAACUUGAGCCCCCGUGACAGAGACUGACAGCUGGUAGAUGGACAUUUUUGUCUCCAAAGUGCACGUCAGACAGAUUUUAGUUGUGUUUACUUGAGAGACGGCAGAGAGAAAGACAAGUUUGACACGCUGUGUGACUGCUAUCCUGAGCCGUAGUCCUCAUCCAUAGGGAUCAAGACAUAGUGUAGGUAGAAAAGAUACUGUACACUAUUUCAGUGCAGUUCGAUGGGAAGAAAGGAAAGGAUAUUUAACUUGAAAUUAGAGACAUCCUCAUCCGUUUGUGCAUGUGUACUCAUCAUCUCUGAUGGCUGCUUUAAACUGGCACACUACACAUUCACACAUUUAUAGUAAAGGAACUUGUACUUCUGUGUCGGUAUAAAUCCACUAGAUUUCAACAGAAUCAGAAAAACACUCGUAGGCACAGAAAGAGGCCUGUUGUAGAUAUUCUUUCACAUGCCUGGUGGCAGCCAACCAAUUCGCUUCAAUGGAGAAUUGCAGCAGCAAAAGAACUAAUUGUAGAGGCCGGCGUUACCUCAGCAUCACCUGGGAGAUAGCCUAGCCUAGCUCAGCUCAGGUCAGCGCAGCCCCGCUAGCUAGUCCGUGACCCCUCCCCAACCCCUUCCCUCUCCUCCUGCAUCCCACACAACACCCCUCCUCUCCCCUUCUAGUUUUUCCAAGUGAGUUGCCAUGGCAUCAGUGCGCUUCACGGUGACGCCCACCAAGGCGGAGGACCUCCCCGGGCUGUCCGACACGUCGCCUGACAUGAGCUCCUGCUCCGGCGCCCGCGUGCGCUUCGGCUCCAGGGAAAGCGUCAAUCGAAGUGACCCGCUCAGCGAGGUGUCAGGAGGUGGGACAGGAGGAGGGGCCGACACGUCGGAACAGAGCAGUGUGGAGCAAGGUGAUGGAAAUUCCAAAAUUUCCAGUGUGUACAUCAACAACACUCAUGGGAUGGAUGACGAUGACUUCUACGACAGAAACUUGGCCUUAUUUGAGGAGGAGAUGGACACUCGGCCGAAAGUGUCUUCUCUGCUCAGUCGCCUGGCCAACUACACCAACCUAACGCAAGGGGCCAAGGAACACGAGGAGGCAGAGAGCAUCGGCGAGAAGAAGAAAGCCAGCAAAUCGCCACAGAUGGGGACGUUUAUGGGCGUUUACCUGCCUUGCCUCCAGAACAUCUUCGGUGUCAUCCUGUUCCUGCGGUUGACCUGGGUGGUGGGAUCUGCUGGGGUGUUGCAGGGCCUUUGUAUUGUCUUCAUAUGCUGUUGCUGUACGUUGUUGACUGCAAUAUCGAUGAGUGCAAUCGCCACUAAUGGAGUUGUACCAGCGGGAGGCGCCUACUUCAUGAUCAGUCGCUCUCUGGGUCCAGAGUUUGGGGGGGCAGUGGGCCUGUGUUUCUACUUGGGCACCACCUUUGCUGGGGCCAUGUACAUCCUGGGAGCCAUCGAGAUCCUUCUGAUGUACAUAGCACCUAAGGCAGCCAUUUUUGAGUCAAAGUACCCUGAAGGCGAAGGGGCGGCCUUGUUGAACAACAUGCGGGUCUACGGCUCGAUCUGUCUCCUCCUGAUGUCCUUGCUGGUCUUCGUGGGUGUGAAGUAUGUCAACAAACUGGCCUCCAUUUUCUUGGCGUGUGUCAUCGUCUCCAUCGUUUCCAUCUAUGUCGGAGCGCUGGUCUCCGCCUUCAAACCGCCACAGUUCCCCGUGUGCAUGCUGGGAAACAGAAGUAUCAGCGGCCAUGAAAUUGAUGACAACCAAUGUGCGAAAACCAUCCUGCUACAGAUCAAAGAGCCAGUGGAGACAGCUGAUGCCAAUUUUACAGUUAUUAAUGAAAACAGCACUGUGGGCCCGACCUUUGACCCCAGCCCUGCUCCUGCUCUGGUGGAGAAGACCACAUAUCUUUGGAAGCAGUUUUGCCAGGGCCCAGAACUCAACGCCUCUUGUGAUGAAUACUUCUUUUCCAACAAUUUUUCAGAGAUUGAAGGGAUCCCCGGUCUGGCCAGUGGGAUCAUUUCAGAGAACCUGUGGAGCUCCUACCUCAGCAAAGGGGACGUGGUGGAGAAAGGCUCCCUUAAGUCCUCUCAUGUUGCACAUCCGGCAUCCACUCAGCAGCCUUAUGUGUUUGCUGACAUCACCACCUCCUUCACACUGUUGGUGGGCAUCUUCUUCCCCUCUGUCACAGGAAUCAUGGCUGGUUCCAACCGGUCAGGGGAUCUGAAAGAUGCCCAGCGCUCCAUCCCCAUUGGAACCAUUCUCGCCAUCCUCACCACCUCCUUCGUCUACCUGAGCAGCGUUGUUUUGUUUGGAGCCUGCAUCGACGGGGUGGUCCUCAGAGACAAGUUUGGAGACUCGGUUAAAGGCAAUCUGGUGGUGGGGACUCUGGCUUGGCCCACUCCCUGGGUCAUUGUGAUUGGCUCUUUCUUCUCAACAUGUGGCGCAGGCCUCCAGUCGCUGACCGGCGCACCCCGACUGCUACAAGCCAUUGCCAAGGACAACAUCAUCCCCUUCCUGCGGGUGUUUGGCCACGGGAAGGCUAAUGGGGAGCCCACAUGGGCCCUGCUGCUGACGGCCCUGAUAGCAGAGUUGGGGAUCCUCAUUGCCUCUCUGGACCUGGUGGCUCCCAUCCUUACAAUGUUUUUCCUGAUGUGUUAUCUGUUUGUGAACCUGGCCUGUGCCCUCCAGACCCUCCUGAGGACGCCCAACUGGAGGCCACGCUUUUCCUAUUACCACUGGACCUUGUCAUUUUUGGGGAUGACUAUCUGCCUGGCGCUCAUGUUCAUAUCCUCUUGGUACUACGCAAUCGUUGCCAUGGUGAUCGCCGGCAUGAUCUACAAGUACAUUGAGUACCACGGAGCGGAGAAAGAGUGGGGGGAUGGGAUCCGCGGUCUCUCGCUCAGUGCUGCCCGUUAUGCCCUCCUGAGGUUGGAGGAGGGACCACCGCACACCAAAAACUGGAGGCCCCAGGUGUUGAUCUUACUAAAACUGGACGAGGACGCCCACGUCAAAUCUCCUCGCCUGCUGACGUUUGCCAGUCAGCUGAAGGCGGGAAAGGGCCUGACCAUCGUUGGCACAGUCGUCUCCGGCAACUUCCUACAAAGCUAUGGAGAGGCCCUUGCUGCUGAACAGACUCUUAAGCACCUGAUGGAUAAAGAGCGUGUAAAGGGCUUCUGUCAGUGUAUCGUGGCUCAGAAGCCGCGUGAAGGUAUCAGCCACAUGAUCCAGUCCAGCGGCCUGGGAGGAAUGAAACCCAACACUGUGGUGAUGGGCUGGCCUCAUGCCUGGAGGCAAAGCGAGGACCCACAGGCCUGGAAGACCUUCAUCAACACAGUGCGGGUGACCACAGCAGCCCACCUUGCCCUGCUGGUGCCCAAAAACAUCUCUCUGUUCCCCAGCAACAGUGAGCCCUGCACAGAGGGCUAUAUCGACGUCUGGUGGAUCGUCCAUGAUGGGGGAAUGCUAAUGCUGCUGCCCUUCCUGCUGCGCCAACACAAAGUGUGGCGUAAGUGUUCUAUGCGAAUCUUCACAGUGGCCCAGAUGGAGGAUAAUUCAAUCCAGAUGAAAAAGGAUCUGGCAACCUUCCUCUAUCACCUACGCAUUGAGGCUGAGGUGGAAGUAGUUGAGAUGCAUGACAGUGAUAUCAGUGCAUACACCUAUGAAAGGACCCUGAUGAUGGAGCAGAGGUCUCAGAUGCUCAGACAGAUGAGACUGUCUAAAUCCGACCGGGAAAGAGAGGGAAAUCCUGGUAGCAGCAGCAGUAGGCCAGAUGCAGGUGGAGCUACAAGGUCUCAGGCCCAGCUGGUGAAAGACCGUAACUCCAUGCUGCGGCUGACGAGCAUUGGAUCAGACGACGACGACGACACCGACGGUGGAGAGCGAGACAGGGUGGUGAGCACCGGCGGCGGCAGCGCCGAGCAUCAUCGACGAGUCCAGAUGACCUGGACCAAAGAGAAGACCUCGCAGUACAGAGCCACGCACUCUGGCUGCUCCACACCCGAGGGCUUUAGAGACAUGCUCAGCAUCAGGCCGGACCACUCCAACGUCAGGCGGAUGCACACCGCCGUCAAGCUCAACGAGGUCAUUGUCAACAAAUCCCACGAUGCCCGGCUUGUCCUGCUCAACAUGCCGGGACCCCCCAAGAACACGGAGGGAGAUGAGAACUACAUGGAGUUCCUGGAGGUUCUUACAGAAGGAUUAGAGCGCGUCCUGUUGGUCAGAGGUGGAGGAAGUGAAGUCAUCACCAUCUACUCCUGAUUGGACAAACAGAGGAAGCCAGUGUUUUAAAGAGGCAACCAAUCACGCAGAAUUGAAGCAAAGGGAGUUGGUGGGGGGCCUGUGAGCUCUGGGGUCAUGGGCCCUAAAAGAGAGACCAUCAUUGACUGCAGCGUCAGUCAUCACGCCCAACACCCACCCUUCAGACCUUUUCCUUUCAUCUUUACACUUUUCUGUCAUGACAAGGGUUUCCAUUCCACUUAUGUCGAGCUACAGAAACAACACAAUUCCACGAAUGAGCAAAAGAAAACAAGAGUGAUCAACUCUGUGUGUGUGUGUGUGUGUGUGUGUGUAUGUGUGUUUAUGUUUGUUGUAGAAGGGACCAGUGGUGUGUUUGGGCAUUGGACCAGUUGAUGAGAAGAAGUAUAAAAUGUAGAGUGCGAGAGGCUGUGAAGCGUCCCAGAAACGGAGCAGUCGUUCCACUGACGAGACUCAGGGUUGCUUUUUGUACAGAAUGUAUUUUGGAAGCAGAUGUGAGUGCUCUGAGAGGAGGCUGAAUGUCUGAAUUACGUGUUUUUUUUCCUCUUUGAAGACACAGUAAAGUUUAUUCCAAUACUACAUAAAACCUGGAAAAGUAACACUGCAUCAAAGGAAGUGAGGAGCCUGUAGUUUUAAACCGGCUCAGUGCUUUACUUAAGGAAAAUCAGUGUACUUUUGUGCUGUCUCCUAAUAACAGGAAAGAUAGAAAUGAUAUCAUUUAAUUGCAUCUGUAGUGGUUUUCUUUCUUACCUCAGAAUUUGUUUUAUAAACAGUGAAGUUCAAAGUGGUGUGACACUGAAUUAGUUUCUAAUUCUUUGUCUGAACUUGCUGUUUCUCAGAAUCUACUGUCCUGUAUGGAGGCCCAUUUUCGCCAGGAAAAGUAAAAAAGAUAAAGAAAAAGUUGGUUGCGACAAACAAACAACAAAACAAACGUUUUAUUUGCUGUCUCUUCAUUUUGAUUUAUCUCCUAAUAUUGACUAUAAAUUUGACUUUUUGAAGUCAAAAUUAUGAAAUAUAAAGUCAACAUUGACUUAAUUCACUGAAAUUUUUAAUUAUUAGAUUAAAAAAAUCUAAAUUUUGAGUUAUUAAUUCAGAAUCAAAAGAUAAGUCAUAUUAAUGACUUACUAGGGCAAAAACAUGAGAUGGUACGUCAAAAUGAUUAGACAAAAAGUCAAAAUUAUAAAUCACAUUUUUGACUUACUGAAGUCAAAAUUAUGACUUAAUAAGGUGAAUCUAUGAGAUAACAUUUUUGGGAUAAAAAGUCACAUUUUUGAGAUAUUAAGUAUGAAUUUGUAUCUCAUAAUUUUGAUUUAUCCACUCUUUCUUAGUAGAAAUAAGCUGCUAUUCCAUAAUCUGAUGAAAACAAAUGAUUUACAAUUACCAAAUGACACAUAUCUUAUAUCUAUAUACAGUGAAACACCAGCAGUGCGCUCUGCUAUUAGGUGGUGCUGGCGGUGCGAUGGGAAAAUCUCGGUUACUUAAAUCUAGAGCUGGGGGGGGGGGCUUCUCUUUAUGCACCACAUUUAUGGAUUUGUGAUGUCAACCAAGGUCCCAGGAAAACCAAAAUUAAACCAAUGAUAAGAAAAAUUACCAGAGGUCUUCUCUGUGUCGUUCACGUUGGACUGCAUGCGAGGAGUCGUGUUAGUAUGUUAGAGUGCAUGAUGGCAGCGUAGUGUGUGUUUGGAAAAGUGAGGUGAGACUCUGCGGUUGUUGUUUGCGAAGGCCUCGGAAAGCAUUGUUGACACACUGGACCAUCGUGGAGAGGACCACUGCACUGCAUGCUGUCAAAAUGUCACUGUCGCUUGGAGAGAAGUGUGUUUUAUGUGAGUGUGUGAAUGAUACAUGUGUUAAUUUGACACAGUACAGUGUUUUCCAUUCCUUUUAACGAGAAUAUUGGCUGCACUGUGUAGAGUGAGCUUGUGUCCUGAAACUCUCCACCUCACCACACACCUAAACUACACCUGCUGACAUCCUGCUUUGUGUGUGUGUGUGUGUGUGUGUGUGUGUGUGUGUGUGUGUGUGUGUGUGAAUGAGAGGUCGUUGCUAAAGUAAGGAACUGUAAACUAGAGGUGUUUGAUUCCCCUUUUAACGCUUUGUUCUUUUUUCUUUUUUUACAGUGUUAUUGUAAAGGGAUUCUUUUAUGUUCAUUGUUAUUUCCUAAACAUUGUUUUUCUUGCUUGUACAUAAAGACAAAAAAGA